UUGACCGCGACGACCGUCGCACAUACAGGUAUUUAGCCGAUUUAGCUGGUCAAACGUCGAUUUCGCGAAACUCACUCCAGAUAGAAAUAAAUUGAUAUCUGACGAAGCUAAAUAGACAGGAAACAAUAGACGACCAAUUUCUCUUCCCCUCCGCAUAACUAUGGGGGCGCGUGAUCAGUUGCAACUUGAUCGUCUUAAAUCGUACUUUUCUUAAUAAAAUUUAACCCCAACUUAUUUAAAAUACAGUAAAUUAGUAGGAAAACGUGUCUCUUGAACUAGAUAAACAAUAAAUAUAAUUUUGGCCGGUUAGAUCGAUCAAAUACCCAUAUGUGCGUCGUCGCGGUUGACGCGUGGUAUCGCCCGCAUAAAGGCUAACGUUUCGUCUGUAACGUAGCAGUGAGCUGCCGUUAAAACGCGCGGCUCCAGCACAGACUUCUGUAUACUUCUGGACUUGCUACCAACGACACGCCGAUGCCACACACUACUUUAUUCACCUAACAAGACAUGGCGGAACUCUUGUCUCACUUUUCGGCUCGAAGGUAAGGGCUGCGUUCGGAAAUCAUCACCCGAGUGCCCUAUGUGUGUCAUUUUAUCUUGGUUGCUCACCGAAUGGUAAACGAGGAUAAAAUGAUACACCGGAGCACUCGAGUGACGUUUCAGCGAACGCAGCUGAGCAGUCCAGUAGUAUGUAGAAGUCUGUGGGCUCUAGCCGAGCUGAAAAGGGAGCAGCCCGCAGCGACGUAUAGCGUUCCAGUGAACGGUCCAUCCGGUACACACCAGGUGCUCCAGAACUACUGCGCGGAGCGCUUUGGCGGAGCGCACGAUUGUUCCGUAAACGUCGGGCCGUAAACAGGCUUUGAUCUCGCGCGCUUGAAAAAUUAGCUCUGGAACGAGACUCGAAACUUGACUGUUCCGCGAAAGGAGGCGGAGAUUUGCAUCUACCGAGGGAUCUACGAUCGAAGUAAUCCGCGCUCUUCCUCGCCGCGAUCUUCUUCCACGCGGCACCCCGUGUAUAUCUCUUCUCUCCUCUCGUCGGCGCCGCUUUCUCAUACGCAUCGAUUUAAUUGCCGUGCGCCGAUGCGAGGCGUUUUUAGGAGUCGAGAAGGGAACCGAGAGAAAGAGCACAACGUCUAAUUGUGUAGAGGACUCUUCCAAAGUUGAUUGUACGGCGAGGCAAGCGGGAUCGAAGAUGUACCGCUUAUCGAUUAUCGCCGACAACGGCAUCCGUUGUGCGUCUCAGAAUCUACAAAGACGCGCAAUUGUCCAUGAGUGAACUCAUCUAUUUGCUAUUUUCAUUUGAAUCGACAGGUCCGUCUCUUCAAAUAUCAAAGAAGGCACUCCGUUAUCUGCGCAUCUAUGCGACGCAGAUGCGAGUGAUAAGAAACGCGACGCUCAUCCGCGUCCUUCGUAACUCUGUCGCUUUUUGAGCUGCGCAUUUAACGUAAUUUCAACAAUUACGUGACGCACGAGGGAUAUCUAUCGCGCUCCGGCUGAUGGAACUGCGAGCGACAGCGACUUCGGAGUCCGCUUCGCCCAGUGCAACAAAGAAUGCUGUAAAAAUGCCGUCGUUGCUGGAAGCACUAGAGCUAAAGUACGGCAGCUCAACGACGGACUGCUCACUGACGGACGAUGAAGCGGAGUCUGGCUCGCCCAAAGCCGCCCUGUCCGUGAGCAUCUUCAUCCCCAAGAAGUCUCCGCGGCACACGGUGCCGGCGUUACUGGUGCUCCAGGACUGCGACAUCGAGUCGGCGGGCAACGACGACGAGAAGCUCCGCAGCAAGUGCAAGAAUGUCGAGGAGCUUGACCUGGCCCAGAACAAGCUGUCGCAAUGGACGGAGGUGUUUGGCAUCCUGCAGCACAUGCCCAAGAUCAAGUUCGUCAACUUGAGCUUCAACUGUCUCGCGGAGGUGUUGGAUAUCAAGCAUGGUAACUACGAUCUUCUCAGGAAUCUCGUGCUUAACGGCACCAGGGUGUCCUGGUCGACGGUGCAGGGGCUGGUGCAGCUCCUGCGCAACCUGGAAGAACUCCAUUUGUCCUUGAACGAAUACAAAACGGUGAGCCUGGAUUAUCAAGAACCGAAGAACGUGAACCCGGCGCUGAAGAAACUACACUUCACUGGCAAUCCGGUGGAAGUUUGGAACGAAAUUUCGAAGCUGGGGUAUCUUUUUCCAAACCUGAAGAGCCUUGUUCUCGCCGAGUGUCCGAUCAGAUCGCUCGGUUUGGAGGAAAAUCGGAAUUUACCGAGCGAGGAUAGCCGCCGAACAAAAGAAGAAGGUCACGGGCAGGAUAACGAAAACAUGAAUCACUUAGACGCGGAUGAACAUACCUCGUCGGCGGACGACAAAGGAAACAGGAUAUUCGAAAACAAGGUCAAUUAUGACAGGUCGGAGUCUAAGUCGGAAUCCAACGGGACAAGCAUCAAGUCACCCCACGAUCCCUUCAGAAUGCUGAGGUUCCUGAACUUGAACGGUACCUUGCUAUCGACUUGGGACGAAGUCGAAAGGCUCGCCAGGUUCCCCGUACUGAAGUCGCUCAGGAUCCAAGGCUGCCCGCUUUUCGAGAGCCCUCGAGAGUACACGGAACACGAGAGGCGGCAGCUACUAAUAGCCCGACUGCCAAACGUCGAGACUUUGAACGGCGGCGGCGUGAUAUCGUCUCAGGAGCGCGAGGACGCCGAGAGGGCCUUCAUACGUUAUUACAUGGACAAACCAGAAGCCGACCGGCCCGAAAGGUAUUCCGAGCUCGUGGCUAUUCACGGAAAGUUGGAUCCCUUGGUGAACGUAGAUUUGACGCCGGAGAAAAGGGUCAAGGUCACGUUCACUUACGGAGAUCUCGUUGAGGUACGGUCGGUAGAUGUAUAUAGGACAGUUUUUGAAUUAAAAACCAAGUUGGAAAGUAUGGUGAAAAUUCCUGCCAACAGAAUGAGGCUUUUCUACGUUGAUCAGGAAAUGAAGGCGCAGUACGGACCGGAGGAAAUGCUGUAUCCAAACAAGCAACUCUAUCGGUACAACAUUAGGAACGGCGACGAGAUCAUCAUUGACAGCAAACUGAAUCGGUUCGCGUCAACGUCUUCGACCACAUCUUCCAUUCGUUCCUGAAGAAGAACGACGAGUGAAUCGUGCGGUAUUGAAAAAAUCCGGUAACUCCUCGGGUUCUUGAUCUCCACUGAUAGCCUCACGAUGCGACGCCCGUCGGUGAAUUGUAACAAUAUUGUUACAGAUCGACAGAGGCGCGGUUUUCAUGAUGACGCUUGCUAACGCGGGUGUCUGAAAACCGAAAACUGUUACAAUCCAAGGAGGGCGAUUCGAGGACGAAUGAUAUCUUACCUGGAAGUAUAUGAGCUAAAUGUAUAGGAUUAGGGAUUUGCGGAUGCUCGACGUUAAACCGCAAAUAUUGCAGAACAAAAUAAUCGGCGGAUGAUGUAGGAGAAGUCAUUGAUUGGCGAAAAUUUGGUAAUCUGUCAGACGCGAAAUUAUCCAAAGACAACAAGUGUUCCCUCAUAAACGGUACGUUUAGACAUUUUCUGAAAACCGUUGCGAGUCACAACCGCCAAUGCACUUUGAUCGCAGCGAACAUAAUUGAUGCAAAUAAUCGUCCGACGCAAUUGUUAGAUAAUUAUUUCUUCGUAUAACAAACUCAUCCAGAGACCUCGACGUAUAAACUUAAACCGCUACUAACGAGCCUGGUGCAUAGAGAAUAAUUAUUGUGUCCAGUGUACAAGCGUACACGCUUAGAUGGAUAGUUAGCCGUCUUUUUCUUUAACGUAGUAAUUCUCGUCUGUCUUAGGAGACGAUGCGUAAUACGGAGAAGCAGAAUUGUACAUAGCGAAUUUCAAUUUCCAGCCAAACUCGAUGUAGCUACGACGCGAGCAAAGGAGAUUCACUCCAUUUGCUCGACGAGAAAGAAAGUGAUAGAAACUCGUAGAAGAAGAUAAUUUGAUUCAUCUUAGAACGAUGACAACUGUGACGUGACACGCUACUGACGUUGAGGCUGCUGUGACGAAGAGAAUGAAAUAUUUUUGUAGAGAUCGCGGGCAGUUACCCUUAAAGAAAGUAUAAGAUCCACUCGUUCAUGAGACGAACGCGUUUUGUUGCUCCCCGCUCGAGCACCAGGCAAUGAUAAAAGUGUACAACGCAGUUGCAACUGCGUUUCCGUGCGCGCGGACGCGAAAACGCGUACGACUCUUUCGCGAGAGUCGCUUGUAAAAGGCAAAAGGAAGCCUUGUAAGCAACAAGUAAGCUUAAAAGUAGCGGAAUGUAUUUAUGUCGCUGGUUCGCGAAAGCGUCGUCCACUUACGUUGUCAUCUCGACAAAUGAUCUCUGUACUUUCCGAAGGUGCUGUAUACUUACAAGUAAACUCUUCUGUAAACUCUGCGCGAGAUUAAAACGCCUAGGUGUCAUCAGUUCGUAAACUGCGACUCGUGCGUGGUAAGAAAUCAUGAAACGCGUUAGAAAAGUUUGUGAAGCCGCGCGGGAGUCGUGCGCGGUUGAAGUUAUGUUGUUGUCGCCUAUUUUCGACAUGUACUUAACACUACAGUACAGUAUCUUUAUUUCAACAAGGUCUAAGUCUUCGAACGAUUAUUACUUCUUUUACGGUAUUAAAACAUAUGACAGCGUGAAAAAAAUUGCAUGUUAUCGCAAUCGUCACAAAGUGGACGAAUAGAGAUUACAAUACAUUGACGACAGUGAUAAAGCGCCAAUAUAAAUCUCAAAUGUGAUAACAAAAGCGGUCUCGAUUGCGAUUUAUGAUACGCGAGUAUAAUUUACGGAUUCGUAAUUCGAUUCUCGAAAAAGUAUGUAUCUUUUCUUUCUCUCUCCUGAAUGCUACAAAUAUCCGUAUGUCUCGUUGCAUUUACAGCUUACCCUGAGUUAGGGCACGAACGAGCUCGCGAAAAGAAGCUAAGUAGAACGUUGCGUUGCAUCGCUUUGUCCUUGAAUCCGCCGGCACCACCGUGCCGUGAAACUUUCGGCCGAGCGUUCAGAGAAAGAAAGCGCGGACGGUGUGUAUCAAGUUACGAUUUCUUUGCUCACAAGCAACGAAGCUUGCGGAGUCACUUAGUGCCUGCCUUUUACGUACUAGCAUAACUCAGAUACUUCUAACACUGCCCUGUGAGUAAAACGUAAUUCGGGACAAAACUCUCGGUUUAGCAACGAGAAACGUAGGCCGAAUUCUUGGAGCAGCUAAAACUCCAAUUGACCAGAAUCUAUAAUACAAUUUUAUUAUCAUUGUACAGUAUACCAUAUAUUAAUAAUUUUCUAGUUGUACCAAUUAUCAAGCAGGUAGUUUGCCGAGCGAUGACAGAAUGUAUACAUAUACGUAAUCCGGUGCGCUUUUUUAUUUGUGAUAUUGGGAAUCGGUAGAGCAUACGAUUCUUGCCGUGGAAUAGUGUUGCUGUUGGAAAAAUUCGGUCGGACGUUUCCCGGAGGAACAAAGGUGCACCGCGAUAAUCGGCAAAAUGUUGAACUGUGGGAUUCCAGUACCACAGUCGCGCGUCUUGCCUUCGCUACACGGAGAACACAGAGUUGUUUUAGUCGACGUAAACAACGGAAAAUGUAAAUCAAUCACGAAGGAGGACAAGGCCGGGACUGGUAGUGGGAUCCCACGACGCAUGUGUCUAGUCUCGGAAAAGGAACUCUGCAUUACUUUCAUUUUGUAAAAUACGAUCCUUUUUUGUGCUGGCGCAAAUGUACGUACUAACGAAAUAAAUUUAUAUGGUAAACCGUU